CAUGAGUUGUAUUCUUUGGGCGUCUGGCCAGCUAGGGUACUGGUAGCCACCCAGAGCAAUACAUGCCAUGAUGUAGUGAAACAAUUGAACGAUGAAGCAUCCUGCCUGCAUUGGUAUCCUUCUGGCAUUGAAGCGAACCCGGUUGUCAUCGAUUCAGCCAAAUCCCGUCCAUUGACAUGGAAAUCCACAAGCAACAAUGAGGUAGCUUCGGUUCUUAUUACAAGGCAGGAACUGAGGUGGACGGCGAGAAAGCUGGGAUGGGCUUUCAAUACCAUUGUACCGCGCGAAAGGGUUCUUGGCUGGAACAGCGGCGGAUUGCCUUGCUAGCCAGUGGACGGUUCACCGGGCAUCAAAGAGACGACGCCAAGGGGCGAGACUUGCUUCAGUCUCCUCCAGGCCCCAGGUACUACUAGCUAGUAGCUAGAAGCUCCGGCUCGGACUGUGCUCGGGAAGCUGAAGCGGAAAAUGAUUGGUAUGCGCUUGAGUCGAUUCAGCAGCAGGUUACUAGCCACUCUACUAUAGCUCAAACUGGAGCUCAUACCGGUAACCGGAUGUAACAUAUUGCCAGUUCUUGCUACUGAGGUGGACUGACCUCUUAAGCCUUAAAACGCUGAAGUGCACCUACAGAGGCUGUGAAGAGCAAAGGCAUCACCUUUGCAAAAGCCUUGAAAAGAAGGAAAGACAAGGGAACCGAAGGCCGAAGGCUGUUUGUGUUGGAGGUUGGAACAGCUGUUGGAACCGUACUGCAAUGUCAUGUACCUCAAGUGGUGCACUGAGUACUAGUAGGUCGUAGGUAUCGGUACCUGUACGCCUGUUCGCCCCCAAGGAGAAGUCACCAAGUAAGGAUGAUCAUACCGCACCAUGGCCUCUCGAGAUGAUGCCUCUGCUGCUACUACUACUACUGAUGAUGGAAGUCAGUCUGCCGAUUCCAAGGCUUUGAAGAAGAAAGAUGAUGGAUCUAUUGAUACUGCAGAUCUCAAAGAAAAGCUCGCUGAAUCUGUCAAAAAGUCUGUUGCCAUUGCCACAAGAAGCACUCCUGAUCGCCAGUGCAAGCACAAGCAGAAUGUAGAAGACUCUCUUGUGAUUAAUACAAAGGGCGCCAAGCAUGUCAAUACCCGGAGAGGUGCUGCCGCAGGUUCCUGUUCCAAGGCCAACAAGAAGGGAAAUAAGAAAAAGGCUCCUGGUGGGAAACCACCCCCUGGCAAGCCAAAGAAGAAGUCGAAGAAGGUGCCUGCUGUGAAGGAGGAGUCUCAGCAGUCUCAGCAGCGCAACCGUGGUUCCAACUUCACGAAGAAGGAAGAUAUUUGGCUUGCCCGUUCCUUCAUUACUUGUUCCAAAAACAAUCUACUGGGAGCCAACCAAAAGGACAAGAAAUUCUGGCACAAAGGUGUGGAAGCACGCUUCAAUAAGCUGGCCGAGGAGGAGACAGAGCCUGAUGAUGAUGGUCUCAAGGUGUUUGACUUUCGAAAUCAUGAACAGCUCAAGCGUCGUUGGAAGUUGAUUGCUGAGGGAUCCCGCAAGUUUAUGGCUGUCUACCGAGCUUCCCACUCCCAGGAUCGUACCGGCUUUUCCACUGAGCAGGACUACAUUGAUUGGUCUGUCACUGAGUACUAUAAUAAACAUGGAGAGGAAUUUGCCUACCCUCAUGUCAUUCCUCAUCUUUCAGAGUAUCCAGCCUUUGACUUCUCUAAUACAGAGGAGGACGCCCAGAAGAAAAUCGAAAAUAUACAGUGAUCAAUCGAAUCAAUGUCCUCUCCAUCGCUGUCAACGACAUCCAUGACGACCGACUGGACCGUUGCAAAAUUGGCUAUCAAGUCGAAUGCGUCCUGAUCCUCUUCCGAACUGCUGCUAGAGGAAUCCAUAGAGGUGCUGAAUAGUAAAAGUGAGGAUAAUAAGCGGUAGAGAUACAGAUAACAAGAGGCAAGUAGUUGGUUGGUUGGUUGGCUUGUUGCUGCUGUUGCUGCUGUUGCUGCUGUUGCUGCUGUUGCUGCUGCUG